AUGCCCAAUGGUGGCAUGCCGGUCACCUUAACGUAUGCGCUUCAUCGUUUUCGUACUCCCGGCUCUUAUGCAAGAAGAACUGUUGAAAAGAUAAUGCAACCAGAGAUUGCGGUCGUAGUUGUCGCAAAGAUGCUUGGCCAGUUUGUCUACGAUAUAUCUCUUUUCUCAAAUGAUACC